CGCACUGCGCACGCGUGAGCCUGGAGUGCUUGGAAUCUCCGGGGCCUUGGUUUCUGUGAAAGUUGCUGCUUCUGCUUUCACGUCCUGUGCGGACUGCCAGGGUUGUCACUUCUGUCGCCCCGCCACUAGCUCCUGCGCCUCGAGCUGGCCCGCGAACUCAUUGGCAAUUUGUGUUUCAAGCCUUGGGUUCCGAUUUGCAGGGAAGGCAAUGGCACAUUCUUGCACAUGCCACUCCCACAUUCUGGCUUUAUUGCUGUGAUUGGACAUGCCUAGAGGACCUUCACCCCAGGGCAUGUGCAUAAGGACACACAGGACUGACGGCAUAUGGAAGAAGAACAUCCCCUUUUCUAUGGAGAAAGUGGCCAGCCAGUACAGGCAACUCUCUCAUCAUUGAAGAUGUUAGAUGUGGGAAAGUGGCCAAUUUUUUCCCUUUGUUCUGAGGAAGAACUGCAGUUAAUUCAUCAGGCUUGUGUCUUUGGCACUGCUGGCAACGAAGCUUUAUACACCACAAUAAAUGAUGAGAUUUUUGUGCUUGGCACCAACUGCAGUGGCUGUCUGGGUUUAGGUGACAUCCAGAGUACCAUCGAACCUCGGAGACUGGAUUCCUUAAGUGGCAAAAAGAUUGCCUGCCUCAGCUAUGGAAGUGGCCCACACAUUGUCCUGGCAACAGCAGAAGGAGAAGUCUUUACCUGGGGUCACAAUGCUUAUAGCCAGUUGGGCAAUGGAACAACGAACCAUGGUUUAGUGCCCUGUCAUAUCUCCACUAACUUGUCAAACAAGCAGGUGAUUGAAGUUGCCUGCGGGUCUUACCAUUCUUUGGUCCUAACUUCUGAUGGAGAGGUGUUUGCCUGGGGUUAUAAUAACUCUGGGCAGGUAGGCUCUGGGUCAACGGUGAAUCAGCCCAUCCCUCGAAGAGUCACUGGUUGCUUGCAGAACAAAAUUGUGGUGAACAUUGCGUGUGGACAGAUGUGUUCAAUGGCCGUUGCGGACACUGGGGAGGUCUAUGUCUGGGGGUACAGUGGGAAUGGGCAGCUGGGAUUGGGCAGCAGUGGCAACCAACCAACCCCCUGUCGAGUGGCUGCGCUGCAGGGUAUUCACGUUCAGCAGGUUGCUUGUGGGUAUGCACACACAUUAGUAUUAACAGAUGAAGGUCAAGUGUACGCUUGGGGUGCAAAUUCUUAUGGCCAGUUGGGCACUGGCAAUAAAAGUAACCAGUCCUAUCCUACCCCUGUCGUUGUGGAGAAGGACAGCAGCUGCUGCGGUCAGCCCGGUCCACACCCCACCCCUGACUUCCCUUGUGGAGCGAGGUGUGCCAGAGUCAUAGAGAUUGCAGCCUGUCACUCCACCCACACAUCUGCAGCCAAGACCCAGGGUGGGCACGUGUACAUGUGGGGCCAGUGCCGGGGCCAGUCCGUCAUCCUCCCUCACCUCACCCACUUCUCCUGCACAGACGACGUGUUUGCGUGCUUUGCCACCCCUGCUGUCACCUGGCGCCUCCUCUCUGUGGAAGCUGAUGAUCACCUCACUGUUGCUGAGUCACUGAGGAGGGAAUUUGAUAACCCAGAUACUGCAGACCUCAGGUUUCUGGUCGAUGGGAAAUACAUUUAUACACACAAAGUCCUUCUCAAAAUCAGGUGUGAGCACUUUCGUUCUUCACUGGAAGACAAUGAAGAUGAUAUCGUAGAAAUGAAUGAAUUUUCCUAUCCUGUGUACCGAGCCUUCCUGGAAUACUUAUAUACAGACAGCAUCAGCCUUCCUCCUGAGGAGGCAGUAGGAUUGCUAGAUUUGGCCACAUUUUAUAGAGAGAAUCACUUGAAAAAACUCUGCCAACAAACUAUCAAGCAAGGAAUCUGCGAGGAGAAUGCCAUUGCUCUACUCUCUGCGGCUGUGAAGUAUGAUGCCCAGGAUCUGGAAGAAUUCUGCUUCAGGUUUUGCAUAAACCACCUGACUAUGGUAACACAGACUUCAGGCUUUGCAGAAAUGGAUCAUGAUCUCCUGAAGAACUUCAUCAGCAAAGCUAGCAGAGUUGGAGCCUUUAAAAAUUAAUUCCCACCUACAAGAAGGGAGUUCUGAGCAUUUCCUUCCUCCCUUAAAAAGAAAAAGAAAAAGGAAAACAAAAAAAAACCCCAAGUUCUUUAUUGGACAGUAUUUAUGAUGGGCUAUAUCCAGAACUCUGUGUCUUGUGUCUGCCUAAAUCUGAAGUUUACACGGCGAGCAGCCAUUGCCCUGACCACAUGUGACUACACACAGGAAAAAAUGAAAAUGUCUUAUUAUACUUAUCAUUUCUUCUUUUGAGUCACUGAAGUUGGAUACAUUUGGUGCAUUGGUAUUUAAGGUAUCUUGGCCAUAUGUUCCAUUACUCAGCUGCUUUAAGGGUAGCUAGUCAAGGAAUGCUGUCAUUACGCCAUUUCAGCCACCACACCAUGCCUAGAGUAUGGGAGGUACUCUGUUAAUUCUAAAUUUGUGGAAGACUAAAUGAAGGAGUUACACAAAAUAAAUUCUAAAACGGUCUUAAUUAUUGAGGCUCAUAUUCUUCUGGUACAUCAUUUUGAGAAGUAGUGACUAAUUUAGAGCAAUAAUUAGAAUUCACAAAAGGCCUUAGCAAUUAAAUUGUCAAAGGCCCAAGGGCUAAUUUUAAUUUUCUGUUUACUCUGAUUCAUUUACUUCUCACAUGGGAUUAUUGAAUAUGAAGUAUUAUCUGUGAAUGAAUGUUAUUUCUGGUCUCAUCCACUGUACAUAAUUGCAUAAAGUCCUUCAUUUUAUUUUGUGUGAAAGGGGCUCCACCUCUGUAAGUAAAAAUUAUUUUUUACUUAUAGCUGAUUUUUAUAUCGCUAUCAGAAUAAAAUUGGUUUCUUAAUCUGGCAUUACUAUAAUUUUACUAGAUGAAAAUACAUUUCAUGGUUAGCAUUAGGAAUGAAAGUGAUAGGUAAUUUUAGAUCAAGUUACCCAAUUGCAAAUGUGAAACUGGAUGUAGUGUCAGAUUUUCUAAUUUGUGUCUCACAGUAUGAUGCUAUGUAAAGGAAUCCCUUUUGGGAUUAGAAAUCUUGUUUUGAUGCCCAAUUAUUUGAUAAUAAAGUGCUUAUUUGCAGAUAAUA